GCAGCCGUCACUCGCGCGCACACACAUACACAAACGCUCAUCAAGGGCGACUGCGCCUUUAAGACCCUCUAAACUAACAACCAAACCAGCCUCGGUGUCAAUGUACGAGCGAUGAAUUUACUCGAUAUGGUUUUGUUCAAACUCCUGAUAUUGUUAUACUGCUUAAGCGACUCUAACGGUCAAUAUGGGAAACCCCUAAACAAGUACAUUAGACAUUACGAAGGCCUGUCCUAUGAUACAGACGUCUUGCACAGCAAACACCAGAGGGCUAAGAGAGCGCUGUCACACCAGGACCAGUUCAUCCACCUGGACUUCCACGCUCACGGCAGGCAUUUUAACCUUCGGAUGAAGCGGGACACCUCUCUGUUCACUCAUAAUCUGAAGGUGGAAGUUUCAGGUGUAGAGGUCCCCUAUGACACCUCUCACAUUUACACUGGAGAAAUAUACGGUGAGAAGGACAGUCUGACGCAUGGCUCUGUCGUGGAUGGGAAGUUUGAGGGCUUUAUAAAGAGCCAUCAUGGCACAUACUAUGUAGAGCCCUCAGAGAGAUACCUCAAAGACCAGAAUGUGCCCUACCACUCAGUCAUCUAUCACGAGGAUGACAUUGAUUACCCUCAUAAGUAUGGGUCAGAAGGUGGCUGUGCGGACCAUUCUGUGUUUGAGAGGAUGAAGAAAUACCAGGCGUCUGCUGUGGAGGAGCCAACCCAGCAGACGAACCACAUCAUUGAUGAAGAGGCGGCUGAUGGGCCGGUGAUCCUGAGGACACGUCGUGCAGUACAGGCAGAGAAAAACACCUGUCAGCUCUUCAUACAGACAGAUCACCUCUUCUACGAAUACUACAAAACCAGGGAGGCUGUAAUUGCACAGAUUUCCAGUCAUGUAAAGGCGAUUAACUCCAUCUAUCAAGGCACGGAUUUUCAGGGCAUUCGCAAUAUCAGCUUCAUGGUGAAGAGAAUCAAGAUCAACACAACCGAAGACAAAUAUGAUAAAACCAACCCUUUCCGAUUUGGCAACAUCGGUGUGGAGAAAUUUCUUGAGCUCAACUCCGAGCAGAAUCACGAUGAAUACUGCCUAGCUUACGUCUUCACAGACAGAGACUUUGAUGAUGGAGUCUUGGGUCUGGCCUGGGUCGGGGCUCCUUCAGGCAGCUCUGGUGGAAUCUGUGAGAAGAAUAAACAGUACUCUGAUGGGAAAAAGAAGUCUCUGAACACCGGCAUCAUCACAGUGCAAAACUAUGCAUCGCACGUUCCUCCUAAAGUCUCUCACAUCACCUUCGCUCAUGAAGUCGGACAUAACUUCGGCUCUCCGCAUGACUCAGGAAUUGAUUGCACUCCAGGAGAGUCUAAGACCCAGGACCAGAAAGAAAAAGGCAACUACAUCAUGUAUGCCAGAGCCACGUCAGGAGACAAGUUCAACAACAACAAAUUCUCCAUCUGCAGCGUUCGCAACAUCAGCCAAGUGCUUGAUAAGAAGAGAUCCGCCUGCUUUGUUGAAUCCGGACAGCCCAUCUGUGGUAAUGGUUUAGUUGAAGCUAAUGAACAGUGUGACUGUGGCUAUAGCGAUCAGUGCAAAGACGAGUGCUGCCAUAGUGCCGAUGAACCAGAGGGAAAGAAGUGUACACUGAAAAAGGGUAGCUGCAGUCCCAGUCAGGGUCCAUGCUGCACACCAGACUGUAAGUAUAUGACCAGUGGUGUAUGUAGGCUGGAAUCAGAGUGUGCACAACAGGGCUUGUGCAAUGGACUCUCCGCCCAGUGCCCCACCUCAACACCCAAAGAAAACUAUACAGCCUGCCAUGCAAAUACACAAGUCUGCAUUAAUGGGGGUUGUUCGGGCUCCAUAUGUGAAAAGCAUAAACUUGAUGUAUGCACUUGUGCCACUGAGGAGGGAAAAGACGACAUGGAGCUCUGUCAUGUGUGUUGUAUGGAAAAGGGUAAACCAAGCACCUGCAGCAGCACUAGCUCAGAGAGAUGGACUUCGUUCUUUAGUAAGAAGGUCAUCACAUUACAGCCUGGAUCUCCUUGUAAUGACUUCAAAGGCUACUGUGAUGUCUUUAUGAAGUGUAGGCUGGUGGAUGCUGAUGGCCCUCUGGCAAGGCUGAAGAAGGCCAUCUUUAACCCUGAGCUCUAUACAAGCAUUGCAGAGUGGAUAGUGAAACACUGGUGGGCUGUUCUCCUAAUGGGCAUUGCUCUCAUCAUGCUGAUGGCUGGGUUCAUCAAAAUCUGCAGUGUGCACACACCUAGCAGCAACCCUAAAUUACCCCCACCCAAACCACUGCCAGGCACACUGAAGAGAAGAAGAGCCCAGAAUCCUUCUGCACAGACGCAGCCACAGCGCCCACGCCAGCAGAGAGAGAAUUAUCAGAUGGGACAAAUGCGACGCUGAGGCAGCCUCCUCAUUGCCUUGGUUCUUCCUAGUGCCUACAGUGGGAAACACUUCACUCCAAAGAGUUACCUGAAUCAAUCAAUGAGUCCCAUCUAGAAACUAAGAAACUGGCAAAAUCAAAUGGACUUCAGAAAAGCCUACACUUCAGAACACAACCGUUUUAAAGAGUAAGAAACCACUGCUCUGGGAGCCAGCAAAGCAUAGCUCAGAGAAUAAUUCAGAAGCUAGAUACGAGGAAGAGGAUUUUCAGUCAAUGAUUUUUUUUUUGUCCUAUAUUUCCCCUCCUGCUUUUCAUUUUCUUUCAAGUGAUUAAAUCAUUAUUACUCUCCACUAAAGUUUCCCCCCUUUUUUGCUAGUUUUGUUUGUUUUUAAAACAUUUUUAAUCAUUAGUAUUUGGAAUUGCCACCCUCCUGUGGAGCUGAGCAUGAUGGGAAGUCAAUAGUUUUUUUCUGCCAAUCACUGACAGCCGAGAGAACUCUUUAAAGAGACUCAUUUUCCAAUGUGUAAUUAAGAUGUUUUUUUUUAAUGCAAGCAAAAAGGAUUAAAACGCUCUUGAUUUCUGAAGCUUUCUCAUUGUCUUCUGCGUGCUGUUGUACAGAGAUCAUCAAAUGACUCUACUACUUUUUUAGUCAUGUCACCUUUUUUUUUUGUUCUGUUGGAUAGUAAUUAAAGAUGUUUCAUUGACACUCAGGAUAUAAUAGAAAACAACAGCACAGAGAAUUUCUAUUGGUGAAAGGCCCUUUAUCAGUUUCACUUUGCUGAAAGCGACAUAUGCAUUUGUUCAGAGCAUAUUCACCUGCUUGAUUUGCUUUUCUGUCUGUUUUAUUUUCAUUUGAUAACCACUAAACAACUGCAGUUCUGCAUUCCUUGUGAGCGAGGGAGUUUAAUGAGAGGAUUAAACAGUUUUGUUACUUUUCAAGGUGUUUUGAUCUACUGCAAGUUACUCUUACUUUGAUUUGAGAAGACAAGCACAGCAUCAAGAGAGAUUUGCUUCAUGCAAUACAUGCAAGGUUCUUGUUUUGCAAUAAUUCGCAGGAAACCGGAAAGUGUGGACGGUUACACAAAUGAGUGGUGUGCAUAAAUGAAGGGAUGGGAUAGAAAGCAGGAUGACAGAAGCAAUCUGUAGAACCUAUAUAGUGUUUUUACAGACCAAUCGAUAUUUAUACAAAGGAUCUUUUCGUACCGUUUUUUCAGUAAUUAUAUAUAAUAUGUCUGAAAAAGGAAAAGAUCCAGACUAGCAGCCUAUAUAAUCAAUGCAUAUGCCUUGCGUUGCCUGUGUAAUGUAUCUGAAUUAUUUCCUGCGCAUUCUCCAAACCUUUCAAUUCUCAUUAAAUGUGAUCUUUUGAUUGUCUUAUGUGCGCGACUCUUAGAGAGGCAGUGUUAUGAAUAGUUUGUGCAUCACACAUGUCCUUUUCCAAGUUGCUUUUAACAAAACAGGAAUGUUUUGUCUUGCUGAAUGAGAGCUUGUUAGUGUAACAGAGUCCAAUGUUUCUAAAGUCUGUCUUCUCGAACCUCCCUGCAUCCUUGUAGGACGUGUGUUUAAAAUGUGGAUGAUUUGCUGUCUUGAAGAUGAGCAUUUUUGGCCAUCAGAUCCUCCUUUAGUUUAAGUCAUCACUUCAUUUCUGUGUGUCUAUUUUUAAGUGUUAAUGGGAAAGGUGUUUUCGGUGAGCUUGGCUUGACUGCUUUGAAUGCAAAGGGUGAUCAAUCGUUUGUGUUAUUCUGUGGUAAAUGGGCUUGGAUGAGUUUGUAAGGGGAUUUGGCUUAGGAUUAUUAUUUUCUUUUUUGUCAUAUAUAUUUUUGCUUGUCUUGCUUUGUUUAUAAGUAAUGUGCACUGAUCACGAAGCAUGGUGUGUGGAUAGAAAAUGAAAAACAAGAUGGAGAAAAUGUUUAAUACUACUGUUUGAUUUAAAUGUCCGCUGUGUUUUAUACAGUAUCUUUCUUUCUCCUUUCUUUUCUUUUUUGUUUUAUUUGUAGCUUAUUUCUCUUCUAUUUGCGCUCACUUUUAAAAAUUUUUACUAAAUACUUUGCAAAAGGUAUUGUGCGACAUGUAAUUUUUUUGAAGAACUUGAAAUGCAUUAAUAAAAUAGCCUUGAUCAAAA